AUGAACCAACCGACCUCUUCUUCUUCUACUUCGGACAUACCUUUUACUCCUCGUUUUCCUGUUGGUGUUAGGCAUGCAGUCAAAGAAUCAUUAGAUCGAGAAAUACUAAUGUUGCAUCCAUCCCACCUUCAGUGGAAAUCUUGGGAUCGAGACGAAAAGGAGAAAGUGGCUAAAAUCAAGGAUGAUUCUACAAUCCCAAAGAAAAGGCCAAGAGAAGAAGUCGAACCUAUGGUUGAAGAAACUCCUCUUUUGAAGAGGACAAUGAAGAAACAGGCGGUCACACCUCCUGUUAAGGAGCAGGGCACAACCUCUUCCAAAAAGCGUACCGAGGCAACCAUGGAGUCCACAAGGAAUGAAAUCAAAACAUCUCUUUCUCCUCAGAAUGAAGAUGUUCCACUUAGAAGCUUGCUUCCCUCAUAUGGGAAACACUACAAAAUAGGAGCAAGGGUAGCUUUGAACAUUCCCCCUCCUAGAUAUCUCCUAGCUAGGAAAGAUGAUAUACUCGCAAGUAGUUCAUCUUUGGACAUUGUGGUGGUGGCUGGUGAG